AUGAGCAUUGAUCAAGAGAGACUGGGGAAGAUCCGUGCCUUCGCUCACAGAGGACGCACCGUUGAAAGACAGUAUGAGGAGGAUCCUCUAAACGUUGACGCAAUUCAAUCAUACAACCGGAAGCUCGACGACACAAUUCGUUCUCUCCAGGAUCAUGUCCAGCGUCAGGAAGACGCAUUGCGACAGCUACGCGCCUCUAGGCAGGGUUUGAAGAUUACUAGUCGAGGCACGGAGCCAGCUGCUCGAUUGGCGCAAGUACGGCGAGUGAAGAAGGCUUACGACACUUUGCUGCAAUCCGAACCCGAUCUACCAGCACCAGACUCUCCAUUGCCAUGCCUGAUUGCCUUGAGGGAAACGUCGCGUGUGAUUUCGGAUAGCAAAGCUUCAAUCUCGAGUCUGCGGCAAACUUUGCCACGGGACCGUCAGCAACUCAAGGCCGAACGAGAGGAUUUCGAAGAUGCGAAACGCAUCCACGAUGGCCUUGAGACUCGCAUUCAACGCAUUCGCCACGAACAGCUGGAGAAAUCAGCCAAGGAUCCAUCCGAACUAGCUAGUGACCUUGUCGAUUCGAAGCGCAAGAGGGCUCGCGCAUUAAAAAAUUCGAGCACGAACCUGAAAGACGCUCUUGAUAAAUUCAUCGAUGAUCAUCUAGCACCGCAACUAGCAGCAGAGAAUUUAGGUGGCCCGAUUGUGGGGGAUGCCAUGGAUAUCCCCGAUUCCACAUUGGAAGCCGGAUAUACAUCUCACGGGAAACCCAAGAAGCCAAAGGGGACUACAACACGGCAUGGAGAUGAUGACGACGAUCCUAGACAGCAGCGUAUAGACAAUCUCUUUCGACGGCGGCAAGGAGGCGAGGAACAUGAGCAAGCAAUUACGAAUAAACGAGAGGCUGCAGCUGCAGCAAUGCAUGCUCUGGUAGACUCUUUACUCGAAGCUGGGACGUCUUACAUUGAUUUGCCACGAGAAAAUGCGGCGUCAAGGUUUCUGGUCCGGGCUAAAGUAGCGCAGCUUCAUCCACGCGAUGCACGAAGGAUUCGCUUGAUAGAUUUUGGACGAUCAUUUGAUGAUUAA